AUGUCCACCGGUACGCCCCUCAAAAACACAUUGCUAUCCUUUCCAACAGCUUCGACUCUCCUCAUAACCAUCAACCGACCUUCAUCGCUCAACUGCCUCGAUACCUUUACCCACAACGAACUCGAUCGUGUUUUCAGAUGGUUUGACGCUGAGCCCGGUCUUCGAUGUGCCAUCUUAACGGGUGUCGGGAGGAGUUUCUGUGCAGGCGCAGAUCUCAAAGAGUGGGAUUCCAAUAAUUCGUUAUCUACUUCUGCCUCAAGUCAAGCUCGUUCAUUACCAGCAUCUGGUUUCGGAGGCUUAAAAUCUCAUGCUGUGUUUGCGUUGCCGGAGGUGAAGAUUGGAGUUGUGGCCCUUGCUGGAGCAUUGACUCGGUUAGUUCGGACGGUAGGAAAACAAAGAGCUAUGGAAAUGGCGUUAACGGGAAGAACGCUUGGGGCUGAAGAGGCGAUGGAAUGGGGGUUGGUCAAUAGAGUCGUAGGAACUGGAAAGAGUGUUGAGGAAGCUAUCAAACUGGCGGAGCUGAUAGCAGCAAAUAGUCCCGACAGUGUUAUUGUGAGUAGAGAAGGUAUUAAGAUGGGAUGGGAAGGUGUUGGUGCGGAAGAGGGCACUAGAUUGAUUGAACAAAAUUGGUAUAGUAGGAUGGACAAGGGGCCAAAUAUGAAGGAAGGAGUGAGGAGUUUCGUGGAGAAGAGGAAACCGAAUUGGGUACCUAGUAAAUUGUGA